AUGCGUGCAUCCGGAGAGAGUACUUCUCACACCUCAGCAGCAGGUGGUUCGUCGCCUGCUGCUGUGAACAGUCCACACGGUGAGUCACCACGUGCAACUGAUACAUCCGCUGCAGCGGGUACCGCGAAUCGUAAUCCAGAUGAGCCUAAAAUAGAGCUCAUCUAUUCUGGCGAGUUGGAUGAUGUAGCCGACUCGAAGGCGAUACCUCACGCCUCCGGAUUACCCGAGCCGGACACUGCAAGAGCCAGGUUGACUGGUUCUGGUGAACGUGGCGGUAUCAUGCUCGAACAUCUUCGGACCGAGCGAUUUUUCGGACGAAUCCUCGCCUCACGCAAUGCUCAUGCUGACACCAAUCAAGAGGCCAGGGACCCCAAUGUCCUGCGUUACAUUCCUCAAGUGGAGUCUCCUUGGAUACCGUCAACCAAAGAGUUGGACCGCACGGAAACUAUCCGUGCUGAGGAAGAAUUUGACACCGAUGUGUUCUUCAAACAUUGGUGGUACAACGGUAGCCGUGCUCGAGACGGCAAAGCCUUGGUGCAAGGAUGGAAUGCCCUCAUAAACAACAUCGAGUGCAUUGGCCUUGAGGCCUGGCUCGCUGAACUUGAUGCAGGUCGCAUCAGGUUUGAGAAACGCAACGCAGUCGGGGCGCGAUACAAGUUGCACCGGCUUUCAAGAGAGGCAGGAUUACCCUGUAUCUCGUGGGGUGAUUCGUGUCCAGGUUGCCUGGAAAACUCGUACCGUGCCCCUAGGAAGGCCUUCCUCCCUAAUGAUCCCUACUGGAAGGCCCGCAUCUCUUCUGAGAUGGCCGAAGGCAUUGACACUUUGCAAUCCCUGUACUCACGUUCGGGGAAUUCGUUUUUCGACGGCCCUUCUUCGAACGCAGCGGGUGGGUCUCGUCAUAUUGCUCGACGAGACCCAGAACGACAACAAUCAGCUGGGCGAGAAGCUCCUAACUAUCCCAAGCCGGUGGAUAGCCACGCCAGCUUUCGAGGUAACUCGUCCGGCGCCCUUCACGUCGCGGUGGUCCAAGACAUGCACCACUAG